AUGGAGAUCACGUUUUCGUGUGCACCCGAGGCCAGGUUCAGGCGACCUUCAUGCUGGACGCAGUCCGCUACCGACUGAGAUGGAUGCGUCGAAAAGCCGCUGUGUACCCUUUGGAAAAACUACCAAAGCUCUUGUAAACCAGAUGUUCAGAUGAAAGUAACCGUUACCCAGUCAGGACUAAAGGCUCUGACAAAAGAACAUGGGCUCACCGAAUACUGGAGCCACCGUAUCACCUACUGCUUGGCACCCCCGGCGUACCCCAAGGUGUUCUGCUGGGUCUAUAGGCACGAGGGAAGGAAGCUGAAGCAGGAGCUGCGCUGCCACGCGGUCCUCUGCAGCAAGGAGAGCAUCGCCCGCAGAAUGGCCCAGGACCUCAGCUUCAGGCUCGCCCAGGCCCUGCUCGAGUUCAAGAGGGACAAGCUGAGCAAGCAGAACGCCAGGCUGUCCUUAGCCAACGCCGUGUACGACAACCCAUCUCUCCCUAGGCGGAAGAUCCUUCUAUCGACCGGUUCCCAGAACUACAGGCCUCCUUUGGAGAGGUCCAAAUCUGCUCCUAAAUUGAUGUCUAUCGAAGAGAGUUUAGAAGAAGAGCAAGAGGAAGGCGAAGUCAGAAGGAGUUUCAGGACUAGGAUGCGAGUUCCUCAACAGUCAUUCACCGAUGACGUCUGGGGAAAAGAUUCAGUACAUGUACCUGGAGAAUUCGAUCUUCAAGAAGAGUUCAAAGGAUUCGACGAAACUGGAGAAGACAAAGAAGAAAAAGUAAUAUUCGAUCCUCAGGUAGAAAGGGAGAGGAAAGCAAUCGUUAGGAUGUCUUGGGGAGGAGAAGACAUAUCAGGAAGUGUGUUUGUGACAGACUUGAAAAGUGAUCCGCCAGAUCUUAUUCAAAACGUGUCGAUAGGGAAAGACGUCGGUAACGAUCUGUUAGAUAAUAGGAAAAAACUUUUAGACUCGUUAUUGGAUCCGGGAAUGGAGAGUUUAGAAGCGGCCUUCACCAAACUGUACCCGGACCUGGACUACCUUGAGGAGGAGUCGACGCCUUCGCUGCAGAGCAUAUCCAGCGGCUCGGACACCUGUCGCCCUCUGCGGCAGUGCGACUUGGACUCCCUGUCGGAGGAGGACAGCGACGAGAGCGGGUUCGCCGAAGUCGGGGACGACAAGAUCCGAGACAUGCCCUCGCACCACCUCGUCAAGCCCUGCCUCCUCGCCACGCAGUCCGCCUCCCUCGAGGUCUGA